AUGAAGUUCUCCAGCGUCCUCGCUCUGGCAGCGAGCGCCAAACUCGUCGCUUCCCACGCCACCGUCUUCGCUGUCUGGAUCAAUGACGAAGACCAGGGCCUCGGCAACACCGCUGAUGGCUACAUUCGCACACCCCCCAACAACAGCCCCGUCACUGACGUGACCUCUACUGACCUCACCUGUAACGUCAACGGCGACCAGGCCGCUGCGAAGACUCUCGAAGUCGCCGCUGGUGACAAGAUCACCUUUGAAUGGCACCACAACUCCCGCGAUUCUUCCGACGACAUCAUCGCCGACUCCCACAAGGGCCCUGUCCUCGUCUACAUGGCCCCCACGGAGGCCGGCUCUGCGGGCAAGAACUGGGUCAAGAUCUACGAGGACGGAUACAACGAUGGUACAUGGGCUGUCGACACUCUCAUCGCAAACAAGGGCAAGCACUCGGUGACCGUCCCCGACGUGCCGGCCGGUAACUACCUCUUCCGCCCUGAGAUCAUUGCCCUGCAUGAGGGCAACCGCGAGGGAGGCGCGCAGCUCUACAUGGAGUGCGUCCAGUUCAAGGUCACCUCUGACGGUACCACUCAGCUGCCGGAGGGUGUCAGUCUGCCGGGUGCCUACACUGCCACCGACGAGGGAAUUCUCUUCGACAUCUACAGCUCCUUUGACUCCUACCCCAUCCCUGGCCCGGCCGUUUGGGACGGCGCUUCGUCUGGCUCUGGCUCUUCUGGCUCUGGCUCCAGCUCCAGUGCUGCCGCUACAUCCAGCGCUGAGAAGACUGCUACCUCCACCACUGCCGCUGCCACAACCACCGCUGUUGCGACGUCCACCUCGUCUGCCACUCAGGUCCAACCCACCUCCGUGGCGACCUUCACCACCAGCGUCCGACCCACCACCUCCGCUGCCCCCACUACGUCUGCCCCGACUUCCUCUGCCGCCCCUACCGGCGGCACCGGCACUGGCUCCAUCCAAAUCUACCAGCAGUGCGGUGGAAUGAACUACAAGGGUGCCACCGGCUGCGCCUCUGGCCUGACCUGCAAGCAGUGGAACCCUUACUACCACCAGUGUGUCCAGGCUUAG